UCAGUUGCCGGCAGGUUAUUUUUACCGCAGUCAAUGCGCCCGCGCCGCUCUACACUGUAUAUUCUCUGAAACUCUGAAUUUCACGCGUGAAAUAUCAAUUGCUGAUGAAAUUAGGUGCGUAGUGAAUUAAAUAAAAUAAGCAUUGGAAGUUAAUUAAAAACGUGGAUAAGCCUUAUUGGAAACCAUGACAGAACAAGAGCCAUGUGAAGUAUGCUCAGCUCCCACAGAGCACAAAUGCUCAAGCUGCCAGUCCGUCCACUACUGCUCCCGCGAGCACCAGAAGCAGCAUUGGAAGCUGCACAAGCAGCAGUGUGUCCCAGCCAGGGUCAAGGAGGAUGGCAAAUACGGACGCUAUCUUGAAGCCAUCAGGAGUUUGAAAGCUGGUGAAAUUGUUAUGAAGGAGGCACCUCUUAUUUCUGGCCCAUCACAGGUAACUCCACCAGUCUGCCUUGGCUGCUAUAAACUGCUGGAAGAGGGAAAGACUGUGUCCUGCCAGAAAUGUGGAUGGCCGUUCUGCUCAGAGGCUUGUACGAGGAAUGAAGUGCAUACGCCGGAGUGUUACUACACACAACAGAGGGGUGAAAAGGUUUCGGUAUCUACGUAUGGCGUACCACAUCCAAACUACCAAUGUAUCACAGUCCUCCGAUGCCUGUACCAGCGAGACAACAACCCGAAGCUCUGGUCCAAGCUCCAAGCCCUAGAGUCACACGACGAGGAUCGCAAAGGAACUGACAAGUGGGAUAAUGAUAGGAAAAUGGUUGCGGAGUUCAUUUGGAAGUUCUUCAAGCUGGAGGGGACGUUUAAUGAGGAUGAGAUUAUGAAGUGCUGUGGAAUUAUUCAGAUAAAUGGCCACGAAGUGCCUUUACUGGAACCGGAGUAUGUGGCGGUGUUCGACAAGAUCUCCAUGGUAGAACACAACUGUCGGGCCAACUGCAACAAAAGCUUUACUUCCGAUGGACAAAUUAUCCUUAGUGCAGGCGUCAACAUAUCGGCCGGGUCCCACCUGUCAGUGUGUUACACAGACCCCCUGUGGGGCACGGAAGCUCGGCGCCACCACCUCUCCGACUCCAAGUUCUUCGAGUGCUGUUGUGAGAGAUGCUCUGACGUCACCGAGCUGGGGACCAUGUUUAGUGCUGUCAAGUGUAAGAAGAAAGACUGCAAAGGCUACCUCCUGCCAGACACGUUCAUCCUUCCAAUCCUGCACAAAACUAAAUCACCCGACCCCAGCACGCGAGGGCUGGACAAGAAGUUCUGGAAGUGCGGCAGCUGCAAGGACGAGGUGACGGAUGCGAUCAUACAGCAGCUGUUGCAGGAUAUUGGGCGGGAGCUGAGUGUCAUGCCGAAAGGGGAGCCGGAUGCUUGUGAAAGGUUCAUAGGCCACUGCAGCACCUACCUACACCCCUCCCAUUACUACAUGACAGACGUGAGCCUCGCUCUAGCGCAGAUGAUAGGCCAGCAGGACGCCAUGGGGCUCGCGGGAGUCACGGAUGACCGGCUGCUGCUCAAGACUCAGCUGUGUAGGAAGAUCACAGACCUAUUGGAAAUACUGGGGCCAGCGGAAACGCGUCUUCGCGGCUCGCUGCUAUUUGAACUGCAUGCCGCGGUCGCAGAGACAGGGCGAAGGAAGUCCCUUACCGAAGGACCUAUGGUCAUGCUCGGAUACAUCACGGAGUCCCGUAAGAUCCUGCUGGAGUCAGCGACGCUGCUCGCCCACGAGCCGCCCGAGUUACCGGAAGGUCGGCUGGGACGGCAGGCGCGCGCUAACCUGCUGCACAUAGACGAGCUCAUACUGAACCUGUCUUCCGCGUUACCCUCACCCCUAUAGUGAACCCUUAAGAUCCUGCAGAACUCUGCAUCACCAACCUGUUGAAAACCCAAUAAAUGUUUGAUAAAAAA